AUGCUUCUGCCCCUGUUUCUCGUGAGCUCGCUCCUGCCCAGUGGGGCUCUGGCUGGGGAGAUCAUCGGUGGACAGGAAGCCAAACCUCACUCAAGACCAUACAUGGCCUUUGUGGAGAUAAAAGGUUCUCAGUGUGGAGGGUUCCUGGUGCGAAAGGAUUUCGUCUUGACAGCCGCACACUGUGAUCCUAAAGGCCAGUCUGGGCCUCAAAGAAAGGGAAACAAUACACGAGUCAUUCUCGGAGCCCAUGACCUCAGCAUGAUGGAGAAGAAUAGGCAGGAAAUUGCUGUGCGAGACAUAAUUCCUCAUGAGAACUACAAUAGGAGAACCAAAGAAAAUGACAUCAUGCUGCUCCAGCUGGCACGCAAAGCUAAAAUAACCAAGACCGUGGAUCUGAUUCGUCUGCCCCAAGCUAAUAAUGUGCUGAAACCAGGAACCACAUGCAGCGUGGCUGGAUGGGGAAGGACUGGAGUGCACAUUAUCCGGCCAUCCAACAAACUCCAAGAGGUGGAUUUGAAAAUGGGUGAUGAGGAGCAAUGUAGGUACCUUUAUGGCUCUUUCAACUCUACUUUGAUGAUUUGCAUGGGAGACAGCAGAGACAAGAAGUCAUCUUUCAAGGGUGAUUCCGGGGGGCCUCUGGUUUGCAAAGGUAUAGCCCAGGGUAUCGUGUCCUUUGGAAAACACAGUGGCAUUCCUCCUGCUGUCUAUACUCGGGUCUCGGCCUACAUCGAUUGGAUAGAGGAGAACAUGGGCCAGAAGUAGCUCUGGGGAGCUCUUUGUGCUUGUGCCAGAGGGAGGCUGACUGUAAGCUGCUGUGCUGCUCCCCUGCAGUCACUCCCCUGGGACGUUCCUCUCCGAGUCCCAACUCUAUCAUGAGCAUGUCAGGAUGUUCCUGGACACUUGCCAUCAUUACACAGGGAUACCCUGAGCUAGCCUGUAUUCCCUUUCCUUCUUCCUUGAGGGAAGAACCCAAUAUCCCAUUCCCAGAGGGUCUUGAUACAACUGAUUUCUCCUCACUCUGGGGCUAGAUUCCAGCCAGCCCCACACAUAGAAAGACCUUAUACCUCAUUACCAAACUCUCCUGUGAUAGACAGACCUUCUCCUGUGGAUGGAUUGAAGCUGGAGCCUGCCAGAGAGGAAAGGUCCCUGGUGCCAUUCUCUUCUCUUUUGCUUCUUCAUUUCUAGUGUGAAAACCUUUCCUUGUAAUGUUUCAGUGAAA